GUCUGGCAGUCAGCUCUGAGCACCCUGAACCCAAACCCCACGGACAGCUGUCCCCUCUACCUGAACUAUGCCACCGUGGCCGCGCUGCCCUCCAGGGUCAGCAGGCACAACAGCCCCUCGGCCGCACAGUUCAUCACGCGCCUGGUCAGAAACUGCCUCCCAGGAGGGGUCAGCAGAUGUAUUGUUAUGGUGUGUGAGAGGUCUGAAGUCUUCGCUUCGGCUUGCGCGUUGGCCAGGGCGUUCCCGCUGUUCACUCACCGAUCCAGCGCGUCCCGGCGCACGGAGAAGAAGACUGUAACAGUGGAGUUCUUCCUGGUUGGACAAAACAAUGGACCCAUAGAAGUGGCAACACUCAAAUGCCUGGCAAGUGCUACAGAGGGAGUCAGGCUGGCUGCUCGAAUCGUGGACACCCCAUGCAAUGAGAUGAACACAGAUAGCUUCCUGGAGGAAAUCAAAAAAGUUGGCAAAGAUCUUGGGAUUACUCCUACCAUUAUCCGAGAUGAAGAGCUGAAAGAGAGAGGCUUUGGAGGUAUCUAUGGAGUUGGCAAAGCAGCUCUGCAUCCUCCAGCCCUGGCAGUUCUCAGUCACACUCCGGAUGGUGCAACACAGACCAUUGCUUGGGUGGGCAAAGGUAUUGUGUAUGACACUGGAGGACUCAGCAUUAAGGGAAAGACGACUAUGCCUGGAAUGAAACGAGACUGUGGUGGAGCAGCUGCUAUUUUGGGUGCCUUCAAAGCCACUGUAAAGCAAGGCUUUAAAGACAAUCUUCAUGCUGUUUUUUGUCUGGCUGAGAAUGCAGUGGGACCACGAGCAACAAGGCCUGAUGACAUUCAUGUUCUUUACUCUGGAAAAACUGUGGAGAUCAAUAACACUGAUGCAGAAGGCAGACUGAUCCUGGCUGAUGGAGUAGCUUAUGCAUGCAAAGAUCUUGGAGCUGAUAUCAUUCUGGAUAUGGCCACUCUUACUGGAGCUCAGGGAAUUGCUACAGGGAAGUAUCAUGCUGCUGUCCUUACCAAUAAUGAAGAGUGGGAAAAGGCUUGUGUUAAAGCUGGCAGGAACUGUGGGGAUUUGGUCCAUCCUCUGGUGUAUUGCCCUGAACUCCACUUCAGUGAAUUUACCUCUGCUGUAGCUGAUAUGAAGAACUCGGUGGCAGACAGAGACAAUACUCCAAGCUCCUGUGCUGGGCUCUUCAUUGCUUCUCACAUCGGCUUCGAUUGGCCUGGGGUCUGGGUCCAUGUAGACAUUGCUGCUCCUGUGCAUGCAGGUGAACGAGCUACUGGCUAUGGAGUGGCUUUGUUGCUGUCCCUGUUUGGAGGUGCAUCUGAAGAUCCUUUGCUAAACCUGGUGUCUCCUCUGGGGUGCAAUGGAGACUCUCCCACUGAAGAGAUGGAGAGGGAUUCCAAGCGCCGGCGCCUGGUGUAACACCCCCAGCCCUGAGUGAAGGGCGUGGGGUUACCUCACUUUGCACUGAUUCAUUCUCAAGCAAUGAAAAGUCACACAGCAGAAAUUGCCAUUUUAUUUUUUUUUUUUUUUUACUCUGGUGAUAAGAUUUAUUACUUGUUUCUGAUAAAAACAGCCUGAGGUAUUGUUUUUAUUAAAUUAUUGGUGCACACAGUUGCU